GACAUGGCCUUGGUGUAGCCGUUUUAGAAGGCGUUGUCUAUGCAGUCGGCGGACAUGAUGGAUGGUCUUAUUUAAAUACUGUAGAACGAUGGAAUGGUAAAGCUAAAGCUUGGUCCCCUGUCACUCCAAUGGCUGUUCAACGCAGUACAGUUGGUGUCGCUGUUCUAGAUGGAUUAUUAUACGCUGUCGGUGGUAGAGAUGGCAGUGCUUGUCUUCGAACUGUAGAAAGAUUUAAUCCACAUACUCAACACUGGUGUUUUAUUGCUCCUAUGCUACAUCGACGAGGUGGAGUUGGUGUCGGUGCUGUCGGUGGACGCUUAUAUGCUGUUGGUGGACACAAUGCACCACCUAAUCAACCGCAUGCAUUAAGAACAGCUAGUGUUGAAAUGUAUGAACCGCACACAGAUAUGUGGACAGAAGUAUCUGCUUUAUCCUCGCCAAGAGAUUCAAUUGCUGUUGCUCCACUUGGUUAUAAACUUUAUGCUUUAGGUGGAUACGAUGGACAAGCUUAUACAGAUCGUGUAGAAGUAUACGAUCCAGAAGAAAACAAGUGGACCGAAGCAGCUCCAUUACCAAGUGGACGAGCUGGAAUCGCUGUAGCAGCUAGUGGAUCAAGUUUAACUGAUACAACAAAUUUAAGCAUAAAAUUAUCCCACCAUAAAGUUGAUCCGCUCAUUUAACUGAAGCAAAAUGAACAAAAAGAAGGUAUAAGAGUGUUGAAAACAACAAAACAAAAUUCAGGAAAAAAAAAACUACCCAGAACUCAGCAUUUUCUGUACACUUGAAGUGUGAUUGUACAUUAUAAAUUGUUUUUAG